UACAAAAUGCAGAUACUGAGAAAACUAAUUUUCCUCAAUUCCUUUCUCUUAUUACAGGCAGAAAACAUACUAGACUUUUUACAAAGCAGAGAUGACCUACAACAGUUUCUGUUGGUAUUACAACGACCUGGACUUCACAAAGCAUAUUUAGAAAGACAGAUAACUGUGUUUGUGCCAACAGAUAAAGCGCUUCUGGAUUACAGAGGAGUCAGGGGGGAGGAUUUUGCUCUCAACCAUAUAGUUAAUAGCGUGGAAGUAGAGUCGAAACUGGGAACACGGCUCUCUACUCUUGUGACAGGAGGACCUCCUAUAUGGGUUACAAGGCGGUCAGCAUGGAUAUAUUUUAACCAGGCAAGAGUCUUAGAAAAAAAUAUAGUACUGAACCUAGGAGGGACGGAACAGCAGAUUGUUUACAUACUGGAUGGUGUCCUAGAACCCUUGCUACCAAUCAGUGUAAAAAAUGCUACAUUUACUCAAGAUGUCACUGCCGGAAAGUUAUUACAGCUGUCGACACUGUAUAAUAUUGGGGAUAAUCUAGCUACACGAAUUUUUUACCAAUCUGCUGUUCUUAACAAAAGAGAAAAAAUGUUUGAUGUUCCUGGGAGACACACCUUCUUCCUUCCAGUAGAUCAGUCAUUUCAGGUAUAUAGCUCAAGUAUACGUAUCCUGGUUCUCAAGUACCCCAGCAGGGAUAGGGAAUUAAUACCCUGGUAA